AUCGACAAAAUGUCUCUCAAUCGCGCAGUUAUUGCCGGUGUAUCGAUCCAACUUACACCCGAAUCGGUAUUUUGUCUUCACUAGUGCAAAAUAAAUUUCAAAAAUAAAUUAAUUUAAAUAAUGUUUAUUAGUUAAUUAUUUAUUUAAUUAAUUAAAAGUGGAUUUUAGUGUUUUUUUUUUUUUUACUUAAUUUAAAAUGUCAUUUAGAAAUUAUAGUGAUUUGGGGUACAGACCACGAAGCAGUGCCAGCGUAAGUGGAGUAACAAGAAAUUCAACUAGCACUAGUUCUAGUACCAGUAGUUUAGGUGGUUAUCGACCAAGUUACUCUACGAGCCUUGGAUCUGCUCGAGUAUCAGCAGCUUCUUCAAAAGACAGGGCAAUUACUUCGUCUUCGGGUUAUAGAAAUUCGGGAUUAUUGAAACGGACUGAUGAUAAAUCCUAUAAGCUUCCAAAUAAAAAUGAAAAAAGUAUAGGAACGACUCUGCUAGAAAAGUAUUCUUAUCCCGUAACAAAAACAAGCCCACGUAUAUCAUCAGUGCUUGAGAAAUAUGGGGAGCGCGUUGGUGACAAGAGCCGUGAAUCUGAGACAGCAUCGUCGCGUUAUGUCAACAGUUCAUAUCGCGCUGGAUUACGUGAAAAUGAACAAGACAAGAGUAGUGAAAAAAAUACAGGAAAUGAUAAUUCUGUAAAUUCUAGAACUUCAUCUACUAAUUCGAAUUCUCAAAGGACUAAUGCAACUUUGCCAAGAAGUUUCACUUCAACUUCAACUCGUGAACCGAGUCCUGACACUUGCCUCCAAAGGACAAAGCCAACCUCGUUUAAAAUUCAAGGCAGAAUUACAAAUUAUGGACAAACUGGAACUUCCUCUGAAACACCAGUAACUUGCAAGUUUACCAACUCCUCGAGGCUUGCUUCCUCAACGACGAGUCAUAAUGGAGCUGAGAGAAGUGGAAUACCCAUAGGCCACCCCCAUCCUGCUGGCACUACUCCGCCUUCACCUUCUCCUGGUACUUGUACUUCUACAACAACAACUACUCCAUCUGAUAGACUGUUGUCUUCAUCAUCAACGAUGAAAACUAUUACUCCCGUGCUUGAUCCCGACGGAGAGCACAGCAACAAAGCCAUUGAAUCGGCAAAUAUCAUGCAGUCAAACUCCAUUGAUGUUAAAAAUGUAAUUGAAGCUAAAGGUAAAGAUAAAGAUAAAGAUAAAAAUGAAAAUGGAGAUAGAGAUGAUGAUUAUGCGGAUGAAGUUGAGCGGAAUAGAGCUAAAACAAAUAGUAAUAUACGUAAUGCGGAUAAUCCACAAGAGACUGGAGAAGAAGAUACUGUCAAGCUAGUUACUGUCACUGUCGUGUCACGAGGGACGUCCCCAGGUCCCGCGGGACCCGCGACGUUUAUCCGCUCGAGAAGAGUCGACGUAGCCCGCACAAUACAGAAAGAAAUAACCCGUAUUAUUAGAAAAAACCAAGAAACCAAAGACGUUGGCAUGCAGAGCGAUCGUAUGGAUGACACUGCCAGAUAUUCCCGUUACGCAAGCACAAGAUCAUCGCCUUGGUCUUCAACCGGCUCGUCGUCAUACCUCGACAAAUUUUCAUCUUCAGGUUCUUAUUCGAGAACUUAUGACUCAAGUGGUAGCAGAGUCAGCAAUUUCGGGUACAGACAACCGGCUGUUACAGAACCCUCUUCUUCUUCACCUUCUUCUUUACCUCAUUCUUCAGCUCCAACUCCUACUCCUACUCCUACUCCUACUCCUCCACCUUCAUCGUCUUUUUCUCCUUCGACAUCUCGACAAAAUGAAGCUCAUUGUAAAAAUACGAAUGCUAAAUCUGACGUCGACAUAAAAGAAACUCAAGCUAAAGUUAAUUCUUUAUCUAGCAAAAUAUCACCGAGUCCUCCCUCGGCUGCAUCACCACCAGUAACACCAUCAGACUGUACAAAGUGUAAUUUAUCACAUAACGAACUAGAAAAUGAAAUAUCAACGUCAGAAAAAAUAAAAUUAUCUCAGGAAAAAGAGCAAGCGCGCGAGAUACUAAAACGCGAAAACUCUGUUAGUUCCGCAGCUUCCUCCCCCUCUUCAUCGCGACGACAGUCGCUGUCGCGUCAAGAUGCUGUUAUGACACCCAAGUCUAUAUCGCGUAAUGGCUCAGCGAAGAGCUUUAAACAUCAACCUCAACAGCAACAACAGCAGCAACAUCAGCAGCAACGUCAAAUGACAUCGCCGGGAGUAAAAUCCGAGUCGGAUAGCGGGACUGUCAGUUUGCCAACUGGCAAAUCCAAGUCUGCAUCAGCUAGCUCUCUGACGAGUCAUAAUGCAAAAAUAAGAGCUCCCUCAGUGACGCACUCGCACUCGCAGUCACAAAAAUCAACUUCUACCGAUGCGGUCACAUCGUCAUCCGCGGUAACAACUAACUCGCGAAGUGGUUCUGCUAACGCACGUGGUAAGCCUCCAGUUCCCAAAAGUAGUGACAGUGCAAGUAUGAAGAGUUCGACAAAAUAUGUAAACAAGGACUUCCGUAAAUCGGCGCUCAAUAUGCCGGAUGCGAGUGACAGAAAUAAAUUAAAUCGCAAGAGAACAAAAAGUUCACGCAGCGGUUCGGUCAGUUCUCAAGAUGACGCUAAAAAUAAUAAUAAUUGUAGCAAUGGAAAUGAAACAAGUGGUUCGAGUGGUGCUAAAACAAGUCACAUACCUCGUAUCAGUGGGGGUAAUUUGAAAAACGGGUCCAGCAGCCCGUGCCCUACGUUACCGUGUCUUGUUAUUUAUAAUAAAUUACGAAGUAAUUCAGAGUCUCCUGUGAGACGCAAAGCCAGUGUCUCUUCUUCACGAACUAGCGCAGCCUCUGAUUCUUCUUCAAGUUCGUCUUCUUCCUCCUCCUCUUCGUCUUCCUCAUCCUCAUCCUCGAGCAGUGACGAAGAUCGAGUGAGAUCAGAACCAAAUCGAAGGAGACGUAGAAGCAAGACCUCGACCUCAAGCUCUAGACACGAUAGACGUGAAAAAAAUAACGCCAGUAAAGUUGUCAGUGCAAGCUCCUCCAGGACAAGUGUAUUGGCUUUGUCUACUGAUGAAUUGUCCCUGGGUAUGGACAAACCGCGAGCCGCUUCCUCCUGUGGUAGUGCCAGAAGUGAAAAAUUAAAGAGCGACGAGGCGAAAGCUUUUCUUAUUCGUACAUUGACGCCGGUUACCAAUUUGUUUAAACCCAAAGACGAGGACACUACCAGGUCUGACAGCUGCUGGAGCAAAAAAGACACCGGGUCACGCAGACGAUCGAUACGUUCCUCUUCAGUGUCAAAUCCCGCUUCACAAAACCUUACUAUCAGUACCAGUUUAAAUUUAUCUGAAAGUAAUAAUAAUAAUAAUAAUAAUAAUAAUAAUAACAGUAACAGUUGUGGUGGAAGAGAAAAUGAGACAUUGAAAAGACAAUAUUCUGGAGAAAAACCCUGGUGGAUGGACGCAAACUCAGACAAUGUACCUGAGGGGAUAGAACGUGUCAGUGUCUGCCAAGAUGAAAUAAGUCAGGAGACAACUGUCAGCACUAAUUUGCCUGAUGAUGGUAAAUAUAAAGCGUGGAAGGACUCCGAGGACAGCUGGUGGAUAAAUCAAGAGGAGGUUCCCAUAAAAAAGGAGUCAUCGAGCUCGUCCUCGAGAAAAGGGAGCAAAAAGUCCAGCGGAGCGACUGAACGUAAAAAUCGUCUCAAGCAUCAGCAGUCCGGGGAACGCGCAUGGUGGCUCAGUGAAGACCCGAGUGAAGUACCCGAAGGCAUUGAAGUUCAUCCGGUGGGCGAUGGUUCCCCGAGAACGGGAUCGCCGCUGACAGUGAACUUGAGCAAUGGCCAGGACUCGGGUAGCGAAACUCUGCCGCUGAGUGUCAAUAAGAUAAGACACAUUGAGUCGGGAGAGGCUGCUUGGUGGAUGGACAGUAACUCAAAUAUUCCCGAGGGUAUACAGAGGAUAAAUAUUGAGAACGAGUCCAGCAAUUCCGAGGAUUUGUCUGGCUCGUAUGAGAAACUUGAAAUACUCGGUAGCAGAUCAAUUGCCAGUGUUGGGGGUUGCAAUUCUUCGAAGGGACAUACUGGGCACCAAGGACAUGAAGGACACACCGAGUCGCCGAUGGGUAUUGAAUUUACGACGUCAAUGUCAGAGGAGUUGCCUCUCGGCGACCGUAUAAGUCCAGAAGGGGUAGAGAAUCCGUCAACCGUCGAAUGCUACCGGACAUCAAGUUAUGACAACAUCCAGCCCAUAAACAUGCAUCAUACUCACGUGCAUCGCAAAUCAUCGUCGCGUAAGCGACCAUCGACAUUGCCUUUGUUCAUCGGCGGAGUUACCAAUAUCGAUGACAUUCUGGGUGAACCAGCUGCUUACAACACUUCCGUGAUAUCACGCGUAUACAAACAGGAAGCUAGAGUUGGUGGAGAAACUUCGGACGAGAGCUCGGAAUGUGAAGAGAUAGAUGUGGCCGAAGUUAUAAUCCACGACAGCACGCCGAAAACUCCGGUAAUUCAACGACGAGUAAGAGAUAAAGAGAGACCACAGCCAGACGGUUAUAUUCCGUUGGACGAUACAGCAUUACAACUUUACAAAGAUGGCGACUAUGGAGCUUACCUCGAUCUGGAAGCGUCUAUUAGCGAACAACAAGAAGAGUUCGAAGGCUUUCAGACAAAUCGUAAAAAUUCGAUCGUCCUCAGAACGCAGUUAUCAGUGCGAGUCCAUACAAUAAUUGAGAAAUUGUUGAACAGCGAAGGCCGUGAACUGAGACGUGCACUCUUCUCUCUCAAGCAGAUCUUCCAGGAGGAUAAAGAUCUAGUGCACGAGUUUGUACAAAAUGACGGACUGGCAUGUCUCAUCAAGGUCGGCAACGAAGCAGACCAGAAUUACCAGAAUUAUAUACUCCGAGCAUUGGGUCAAGUGAUGCUGUACGUUGACGGAAUGAAUGGAGUGAUGGAGCAUGGUCAAACAGUACAAUGGCUUUACACCCUAAUAGCUAGCAGAUUUAGGCUGGUGGUUAAGACAGCGCUCAAAUUGCUCCUCGUCUUUGUGGAGUACGUCGAAACCAACAGCCUUCUAUUGGUGAGAGCUGUCAGAUCAGUGGAUACCUCGCGCGGCAUGAUACCCUGGACCAAUGUGAUGAAACUCCUCAAGGACUACGACGCAGCAGACACGGAGCUACUCAUUUACGCGACGACACUCGUUAACAAGUGCCUCAAUGGGAUACCCGACCAGGACACAUAUUACGACCAGGUCGAUUGUCUCGAGGAGCAGGGGAUCGAGGGCAUUAUUCAACGUUACAUGUCCAAGCAGGGGACGGAUCUCGAUCUUUUAAGGCAGUUUCAAAUUUACGAAGCUGUUCUCCAUCACGAGGACGGAAACGAUCGUGGCUCGCCUAUUCGACAACUCGACGAUAACAUCAGAAAAACACUGCGGAGCAGAAAAUCUCUUGUAGAUUCACAUGAACGACGUAAAUCACGGAGACAUUCAACGGGCACUUCGCCACUCUCAAUGUCCUUAAAUUCACGUUUAAGUCCCCGUCUAAAUCACUCGCUGGGGUUGAAUUCGCUUAAUGGAACAUUCAAUUCCGGGAUACCGACGGCUGUUGACGAUGACGAUGAAUCGAGUAGUUCUCAGAGCUCACAGGGGCUUGAUGUCCAGCUUAACGGUAGUUACAAAGAAAAUAAAGACGAUGCUGGAGUAACACCGGCACUUAGACGGAGACGAGAAAGAGCCGAAAGACAACGGAGCUUCAUUAGAGAGCAACAGGAGGCUACGGCAAAUAUGAGGGCAUCUAUUGGAAAUCUGGACGGUUCUGAAGCUCCCGCGUACGUAUCGAAUGGUCUGCGAUACACAAACGGCUCCUCGGCUUACGACCGGAACAACGAUUCCCCCAGCAAUAAAGUACCACGAGCAAACAGCCGCAAGGAUCUUACACCCUUGAUGAACGCCGCUAACAAGCUUGAUUCUGAGGAAAAGAAACCACUACAGCCACAAACCCCUUCUCCGGUAGUAUGGUACGGGAAAAACCCGGAUGAAAGUACUGGUAGUAUCGAGUGCAACGAGCUGCUCAAUCACACCACCAAUGAAGAUGAGGAUCGUCGGGUUCUUGUACAAAUUAAACGCGAGGGUACUGUUAAGGAUCUGACACAGAAACUCGCUGCGCAGAAUUUAAUACCCAGCAGCCCUGUCGAGGAUAAAGUCUCGAGAAUAGGUGACAUGAGUGGAUUGAUAUCAAAAGCUAAAGAAGGAUUGGCGAAAUCAAAAUCAAAAGCGGACAUUGUAAAAUCACCAACCGGCGACAACUUACCAAAAAUAAACGAAGUUAAGAAAUCAGAAAACGAAUUGCACUGGGAAGAAUUGGUAAACCAGAUGAAGCGACCCUUAACGCUGUGUGAUCUCGACUUCACCGAUCUCAAUUCCGAGGACGAAAUAGACGUGCUGGGGCCGGUCAGUGUAAGCAACGGUGUUCCGCCACCUCCGCCACCAAUGGUUCCGUCGACAAACUCAUUGAAUGGAAUCGGACGUGCUCCUCCUCCACCCCCGCCAGCCAACAACGUGGGUAAAUUCCCACCGCCCUUUCCCAACGGACCGCCACCGCUCUUUGGAGUUAACCUCAAAUCCAACCGAUCACCCACAUCCAGUCCUAUGGAUUCCAACACCAAUUCAAAUACCAACUCCACCAGUAUCACCAAUAAUUCUACUGGCAUUAAAACACACUCGCAAACAGCUAUUACGAAAAAAAAUAAAAAAACCGUAAAACUUUUCUGGAAAGAAGUUAGAGAUGAUCCCAUCAUUCUGUCACGUCUUGAUAAAAACAUUAUGAUAUGGGAUGAGUUGAUUCCCGUUACCAUUGACACCCAGAAACUUGAACAUCUCUUUGAAAGCCGCGCCAAGGAUCUCAUCACAAAGAAACAGCAAGAGAUGAACAAAAACAAGGAGAUUAUUGUUCUCGAUCAUAAAAGAUCGAAUGCUAUAAAUAUUGGCAUGACUAAAUUACCACCACCACGAUCUAUUAAAACAGCUAUUUUAAAAAUGGACGCUACUAUUAUGAAUCGCGAAGGCAUCGAGAAACUUCUAACGAUGCUGCCAACCGAAGAGGAAAGAUCCAGAAUCCAAGAAGCGCAGGCCGCUAGUCCGGAUCUACCUCUUGGUUCAGCAGAACAGUUUCUACUUACUCUUGCCUCGAUAUCAGAGUUACCAGCAAGAUUGAAGCUUUGGGCUUUCAAACUCGACUUUGAGAACUCCGAGAAGGAAAUAGCAGACCCACUGAUGGAUCUUAAGCAAGGCAUGGAGACGUUGCGGAUGAAUAAAACGUUCCGUGGUAUUCUCAGCACACUGCUAUCAAUCGGGAUAUUCCUGAACGGAAAUGAGGUGAAGGGCUUUCAACUGGAAUAUCUCACCAAAGUACCUGAAGUCAAGGACACCGUACACAAGCACUCUUUACUCCACCACCUUUGUCAUAUGGUGAUGGAGAAGUUUCCUGAUUCAACGGAUCUUUACUCUGAAAUCGGAGCAGUAACCCGAGCGUCGAAGAUUGAUUUUGACGAGUUGGCGUCAAAUAUCAGCAAGCUUGAGAGUGAAUGCAAAGCCUCUUGGGACCAUCUGAAGCUUAUUGCCAAGCACGAUGGCUCAACAAUGAUGAAAGUAAAAAUGUCAGACUUUUUAGCCGAUUGUGCGGAAAGAAUUAUAGUACUGAGUAUCGUUCAUCGGCGAAUAAUCAAUAGGUUUCACAAAUUUAUUCUCUGGCUUGGUAUUCCCUUGCAUCGUGUCCAAGACACAAAGCCCAAUGAAUUCUGCAGAAUUGUAUCUGAAUUCGCGUUGGAAUACAGAACAACUCGCGAACGUGUUUUACAGCAGCUAGAAAAAAAAGCAAAUCAUCGUGAGAGGAAUAAGACACGGGGUAAAAUGAUAACUGAGGUGGGUAAAUUUCGUACGAAAGAAGAUCGAGCUGACGCUGAACUGAGGCAACUUCUUGGUAGUGAUAUUUCAGACGUUGAAAGUAUUCACGGUACUUUACCUUGGCGACGACAACGAAAAGAGGGACGCACACUUCUGGGUCCUAUCCUGAGAGACGAAACGACCAACGGAAACGUAACGGACGGCGACGAUGAGCUGCUCGAGUCAUUGGUGAAGACCGCGACCAAGUGUCCAUCUACGCGGACGACACCGCGGGAACGCAAGAGGACGCGAAACGCCGAUCGUAAGUCUUUGCGUAGGACCUUGAAGAAUGGACUGUCAGAAGAAGAGAAAAAACAUAUUGCAGCAUACAUCAAGGGCUACUGAUUUAAAUAAUCUUUUUAAAAUAUAAAAAAAAAAAUUACUGUGAUAUAAUUUUUAUGAAUAUUAUUAUUAUAAUUGCGCCAUGGUGCCUCAGGCAACGCUAACGAGAUUGAAUAGCCAGCAAACUACUAUUUAAAUUUUUAAAAAAUAUAAUAAUAUAUAUAUAUGUAUAUUUCCCAUUACUAGUUUCAAAAUUACUUAUAUUUUUAUACGCCCUUUUGGCUUUAGUCACUAAGUUUAAAAUCAAAAGGGAGUGUAAUUUUUUGUUCAUCAUCAAUCGUUUUGUAGAUUUAAUUAAUACGAUCGGACCUCGUUAUAAGACUCAUUCUCAAUCGCAAUAAGACUAAGGAACACUACAACUAAAAUCGCGAUAAGAUGUAUAUACAUAUUAUGGUGGUCGUUAAAAAUUAAAUUUUCUCAAGCGCCCUAAAAAAAAGCUUCUUUUUAGUGAAAAAUACCUGGGGAAUUUGGUUUUUUCUUUUUAAGGAGAAAGAACACGUGCCGCAGGCCGAUCAAAAUUUAUUUUUCGAUACAAUCAAGGUUUUUUUAAAAUAUCUCAUGAAAUAUGCAGAUUAAAGGAAAAAAUCAUAGGAACAAUUUUGAAGGAAAAUAAAUUCUUGACAAAAAAGGUAAUAUUCAUUUUUUUUAAAAAAUGUGUAUUUAUGAAGAUAUUUUAAAAAAACUUUUUUUAGAUCUGAAUUGAGCGUUUUAAGGAUUACAAAUUUUGAAAAUAAUAUUUUUCUAAGUAUAUAGAAUCUAUAACAAGCAUUAAUGAUUGAUAUUUUACGAGUUACAACGUUGUCUAUAUUUAAAAAAAAACGUUAUUUUUAAUAUUCGUAAUUCUUUAAAUGCUCAAUUGAUAAGAUCUAAAAAAGUUUUUUUUAAAUAUCUUCGUAAAUAUACAUUUUAUAACAAAAAUGAACACGACCUUUUUUGUCAAGAAUUUGAUUUUCUACAAAAUAGUUCCUAUGACUUUUUCCUUUAAUCUGCAUAUUUUAUGAGAUAUUUUUAAAAAACCACAAUUGUAUCGAAAAAUGAACUUUGGUCGUCCUGCCGCACGUGUUCUUUUUACUUAAAGCGAAAAAACUAGAUUCCCCAGGUAUUUUUUCACUAAAAAGAAGCUUUUUUUUGGGACGCCUAAGAAAAUGUAAUUUUUAACGACCACCCUAAUACAUAUAAAUAAAACGUGUUAACCAGGUAAAUAAAUUAAUAGUGUUCCUCGUAAUAAAAACGAUUAUUGAUCUUUUUUAAAAUUCUUUUUUUAAAAUUCAAACUUUGGCGCUCGGAAUUUUAAUUAUAAGAAUUUUAUCCCUUAGAGCCCGGAACUAGUCUUACAACGAGGUCUUGCUGUACCUAAAAAUUAAAAAAAAAAUUACAGCUUUAGAAUAAAUCUACAAUACGAUUUACGUUUAAAAAAAAAGUUCUACGUUAUUUUGGUUUUAACUUUGGUAACUACAGCCAAAAGAGCGCAUAAAAAUAUAUGUUUUUUUGGAGUUAGUGACACGAUAUAUAUAUAUAUAUAUAACUAGGACAAAGCGACGAGCGAGAUUCUCUCGUUGACGUAACAACUUAACGUUUAUACUACUUAUAAUUUGUACUACUUGUACUACUGCUACUACUUCUACUACUACUACUGCUAUUUGAUGCUACAAUCCCAGCUAUUACUACUUCUGUCUACCGUAAAUGUCACUAAAGAUUAUGACGAUGUAGCUUAUAAAUUUAAUAUAUAAUUUUAACGAUUUAAUAUUCAAUUUUUAUUUCAUCUUUUCAUUAUUAUUUUUUUUUAUUUUAAAUUCUCAUCUAAGAUUUAUAUUUUUCAAAUUAAAAUUUUGGUAAUAUUUUAAUUUAUAUACGAUUGAUAUUUAGAAAAAAAAGGGGGUAAAAUGGACAGCUUAAAAGUUUUUUAAUAUUGGGUAUAAUUUUUUUUAUUAAAAAAAAUAUAUGAAGCUCUUUUAUUGAAUGCCAUAUGUAAUUUGAUUUUGAUUUCUAUAUAUAGAUAUAUAUAUGUACACAUAUAUAUGGUUUCAACAUUUAUAUAAUCGAUUGCACCAAAUUGAAUAUUUUUUGUUUGUCUACUGAAGUGACUGUGAUAAAUGGAGAAGAAAUGAAAUCAAGUGUGAGUCCGUUUAUAAUUUUUUUUUUCUGAUCGCAAAAAAAAAAACUUUUCUUAACAAUUAAUCAAAUAAUGGUUCAAAACGGACGUUAAUAUAAAUAUAUAAAUAAUAAAUGUAAUUGCUUAAUUAUUUUGAAAGUGUACUAUGUAAUUAUUAUUGAUUUAAUAUAACUAUAAUUAUAAAUAAUAAUUAUUUUUAUUUAAAUUAUUGUACGGAUGUUUAAAUGU